AUGAAUCGUGCAUUGGAGACCAUUUUUGCCAAGUUUUCCCGGCAUCCGGCGGCUCGUAAUUAUUAUUUCUAUCCUGAGGGCUCCGAAAAAUCAAAUUUUGUUUUCCACAUUACGUACAAAGGACAAGAGGUAAUUGAAGAUGGUCGUGUGAUUUUAUUUUUUGCUCCUGAUCCGGAGCCAGAGCCACGAUUCCAUGCUUUCGAUAUGAAAUCACCACGCCCAAUUUUUGCCAAAGAUGUCAAAAGUGUCCAGCCGGGUGAUGUAAUUAAAUUUGAGAGUACCGAGUAUUCGACACCAGAGGCUCUGUGCUUCGUACCACAGAAUCUUAACGUGUUUACCGAUAAGCUCUAUGUCCAAGCAUUGAUAAAUCAUAAUGUGAACGAUCCGGAUGCAAAUUCAAGAGUUGGCAAUACAUACAGCAAGCCAGUAGAAGUGCGAUAUGAUGACAAUAAAGCCAACAACGUUGUUCAAAUUGUAGUGGAUGAUGUCAUCAAGGAGAGUAUGGACUUGACAUCGACUGAAUGGUUGGAACAUAUCUCGAUGAAGAGCAAAUUAUUAAGCGAGUAUCAUAAUCAGGAUGUUUUUAUGAUGGCUUCAAUUGUUUUACCAUGGAAUUUCAAAACGCUUCAAAAGUCUCGAGCGUUUCCAACGGUCUACUACAUUGAAGGAUUCACUGGUACCGAGUCGUAUGCAAAGCGUGCCCAGGCGUUUUUGUCAUCCGAGAUGGGACACGACUGGAAAGCUGGGCGAUGGCCAAUACCAAUGCUCAGAGUAACGCUGGGAUCACGCUUCAAAUUCGGUCACACAUCGUAUGCUGAUACAGAAGCCAACGGUCCUUGGGGUACAGCUUUGGUGACUGAGUUUAUCCCAUACCUUGAAAGUCUGUAUCCUGCAAUUCCUUCUGCUGCUGGUCGGUACCUGCAUGGUCACUCGUCCGGUGCUUGGGCUUCACUAUGGCUGCAACUGAAAUUUUCCAAUUUCUUCGGUGGUACCUGGAGCUCUGCUCCGGACCCAGUUGAUUUCUCAAAAUUUCAAGUCGUGAAUAUAUACGAAGCUGACAAUGCAUACUGGGAUACUAAUGGCCACCCGUACCCAACAAGUCGUAGCAAUGGAUUCGUUAUAUGUAGCAAUCGCGAUGAAAAUCUAGUGGAACGAGUUAUUGGUCGUGGGAAUGGUGGACAAUGGGAUGCUUUUUUUGCUGUGUUUGGGCCACGCGGAGCUGACGGAAUGCCAAUUCCGCUGUUUGACAAGGUAUCUGGCGACAUAAAUCGUGACGUUGCUAAAUAUUGGGAGCGCUUUGACAUUUGUAAGUAUCUACAACAACGACCUGGUCUAUUAACCCCGACUUUGCGUGGCAAGAUUCACGUUUUCUGCGGUGUUGAAGACACGUACUACCUCGAUUUGGCGUGUCGAUCUCUGCAGAAGCUGGUUGGAAACAGUAAGGACAACGCUCAAGAUGGUUCUGCUGUACCCAACUACGUAGCGCUAAUUCCUGGAGAUCACACUACUAUUAGGACGCGCGCGCACUAUAUUCAAGUGUAUUCAGAGAUUGCUGCUGCUUUCCAGCAUUCGCAAGAUAUUUUGACAUAG